AUGUCGUAUAACCAUCAAUCUCAAUUGUCGGUCAACUCCAUUCAAUCGGUAAUAGAACCAGUGACUCCUCCUCCCAUUGGACAAAUGAAUAAUAAGAAAAAUCAUCAAAAGACUCAAUCCCUAGAUUUAUCCACAUUUAAUCAAUUCAUCGCAUCUACAAAUUCUCAUUCUCCUAUGUUAACCAACAAUAAUAAUGUAAUGUUUUCUCCUAAAGAUGGGAAUGGGAAUGGGAAUUUACCACUUAUUGUGGAAUUUGAUAAUGUACCAAUGAAAGAGAAUUAUAAUAAUAAUAAUAAUAAUAAUAAUAAAUAUCGUUCUUCACAACAGAGAGGCUUUGGUAAACAUAGUAGUAAUAAUAAUAAUAACUUACAGAAUAAAAAAUCAAAGGCAAAUGGGAAAUACCAUCAUAAUAAUAGUAAUAGUAAUAAGCAUAACAGUGGGAAUUCUAAAGGUAAAUAUAAUAAUAAUAAUAAUAAUAAUAACGAUAACGGCAAUGGUAAUUCUUCACCUUCUUUGUUGUCUUCUAGUUCUGUAACCCCUUCGUCAAUCGAGGACAUUAAUUCAACAUCUUUAGAGGAAUUGGAUUAUGUGAAAUUGGCAACUGAUCAAUUUGGUUGUAGAUUCCUUCAAAAGAAAUUGGAAUCAAACUCUCCAAAUGAAUCAAAUCUUGUCAGAGAUCUAAUGUUUGAUCAAAUCAAACCUUACUUCAUUAACUUGAUUCUAGACCCCUUUGGUAACUAUUUGAUUCAAAAGCUUUGUGAAUAUUUAACAAUUGAACAAAGAACUACAUUGAUUAAUUCCAUUUAUCCUCAUGUGUUUAAGAUCUCCAUCAAUCAGUACGGUACAAGAUCGUUGCAAAAAAUUAUUGACACUGUAGAUAAUGAAGCACAAAUUGAUUUGAUCGUUAAAGGGUUCUCUACAAGUUAUACAUCGAUCGAGCAAAUAGUUGUAUUGAUAAAUGAUUUGAAUGGGAAUCAUGUAAUUCAAAAAUGUAUCUUCAAAUUCCCUUCUACAAAAUUUGAUUUCAUCAUUAAUGCUAUAGUCGAAAAGAAUAACAUUAUCACAAUCUCUACUCAUAAACAUGGAUGUUGUGUCUUACAGAAAUUGUUAAGUGUUUGUACUUUACAACAGAUUUAUACAAUAUCUAUCAAUAUUAUCCAAUUCUUACCAGGUUUGAUCAAUGAUCAAUUUGGGAAUUAUAUUAUCCAGUUUCUAUUAGAUAUCAGAGAUUUGGAUUUCUAUUUGUUAGUCGAGAUAUUUAACAAAUUAUCCACCGAUUUAUGUCAAUUGUCUUGUUUGAAAUUCUCAUCAAAUGUUAUCGAGAAAUUUAUCAAGAAAUUAUUUGGUGCUGUCAUCGGUGCUGUUAAAGGAGAAACUCAUCCAAAUAUGACUGAUGAAGUCAUGAAUAAUUUAAUGAACAUCUUAUUGACUAUCAUCGAUAUUUUCACCAUGAAAUUGAAUAUUCUUAUUAGAGAUAAUUUCGGUAAUUAUGCAUUACAAACUUUAUUGGACUCCAAGAAUUAUUCCAUUAUCUUAGAAUAUAAAGGUAAUGAUUACAUUUUGAAAAACAAUCCAAAGUUUUUGAACUUCUCUCAUGACUUCACAACCAAGGUCGAUAUUUUGAUUCGUCUAACAAAGGACUUGUUGCCAAGUAUCAAGACCACUUCUUAUGCAAAGAAGAUCAAAUUAAAAGUGAAGGGCUACGCAGAAUUAUGUGACAUCGAUUUCAACGACACAACACAAACUGUUUCAAACUUGGUUAGUUCCCAAGAACAGAAUAGUAACAACAGGGUAUUAGCUACUUCUUCUCACAAUACAUCGCUUCAAGUUUCUGAAAAUCAAAGAAAGCAACAUCAACGUCAUGUAUCCUUGCCUGCAAAUGCAUACCAUAGAAGAAACAGUAGCAACGUACUAUCUGUCAAUCCUGCUUUUGCACCUUUAGCUUCCCAACAACAACAGCAACCACUCGGUACUAUCCAAACCUCGAUCUCCAACAUAUUUAAUUCUCAAAAUUCUUCACCUUUGAGUAUCAACCAACCCCAACAAAUGGAGUAUCUGACCGAACAGCCAUUUAUGCCGUUCGCCACCAACACCAACACUACAGCUAACAAUGGUUUGUCUGUUCCAAAUGGUCUAAGUUAUGAUGAUGACUUUGAUUUGGCUAAGCCAUUAGCUAACCUGACUUUAAAUUCUGGUAUGAUCUCUUCCCAACCUCUAUUUUUCAUGAACGAAUUAGGUACAACAGCUGGUAAUAAUAACAGAAAUGUUAGUACAAGUAGUAGUUCAAGUAAUCUGCUGCAAAACAUUAGUUAUAGUUCUACUAGUAGUGCCACUGUGAAUAGUUCUAACCCAAAUAACAAUUUUAUGACCGCCCCAACAUUAAUGAACACAUUGAACAUUGCAUACAACCCAAAUGAUAGAAAUAACUCCAGUAACUUUAAUGAUUUCAAAAAUAUGGCCUUACAACCUCAACAAAGAGUUGUCAGUAAUCCUUUUCCUAAUCAACCUUUCCAAACAAUGGGUACGAAUCCUGGAACUACAACAAAUGGAACUCCUCACAUAUAUGCUAACAACGCCAAUAAUGGUACCCUACUUGGCAGUAUCAACAACAUUCCAAAUGUGAACGGAAAUGACAGCUUUGAUGAUUCGUUCGGCUAUUUUUGA